AUGGAGGACCCCACGCCCGUUGCGCCGGUGCCCCAGAAGCGUCCACACGAGAACGACGACAUCGAAUCUCCCAUUUCAACUCCGGUCAAACAAAUUCGAUCAGAGGCCUCCACGCCCCUCUCAGUGCUUUCUGUCGAAACCCCAUCGCCCUUCAAGAGCAGCGCCCAGAGUUCAACCAUUCCAGACCGCAGCAAUGUUUCCGCCCCAACCGCCUCCCAACCGCCCAAGAGACGGAAGGUGACUUCACAAGAAAAAGAUGCUCAACGUCUAGAGAAGGAAGCGAAGGCCAAGGCGCGAGAAGACAAGAAAGCGCAAAAGGAGGCAGAAGAGAAGAUCAAGGCAGAGCAAAAGGCACAGAAAGAGGAGGAGAAGAGGAAGAAGAAUGAAGAACGAGAUGAGAAGAAGCGUCUCAAAGAGGAGGAGCAGCAACGGAUAGAGGAGGAGAAGGCAAAGAAGGCACGGUCCCAAAUGAAGCUCAACGCUUUCUUUGUGAAGCCAAAGGCGGGAACCAGCCCAGGACAGGCAGUGGUAGCUUCAUCCCAGAACCCCACUGCCUCAGCCGUAUCUCUACCUUGCAUAUCUCGAGUCAAUACUAAUUUGACCCCUCCAUCUCCACAGAAGACCAUUGUUAAGAACGCACAGUCAGACUACGAGCGAUACUUCCUACCAUUCAACCUUCCUCCACACACGAUCCUUGCGUCGGCAAACCCUCUACUAGACGACCCGGAGCGGAUGGAGGCUGCCCGAACACGACUGGAGAAUAUUAUUACGCAGAGGAGCACUAGUGCUGAGACCAUCACACGAGAGAUAUUCGUAUCUUCUUUCCCGAAACGAAACCAGCGAAUUCGCAAGAGUGCAACCAUCGCGGAAGUCGUCGAACGCGUAAACGGCUCAUCGGAUCAGCCCAUCGACCUGACUGCAGACAAAGGCCCGUUAGAAAUGCUCAAGGACAUUCCGAUGAAGUACAUCCACUUCUGCAAGGACGUACGCCCGCCAUAUUACGGUACAUAUACCAGGCCAUACACCGAUGUGGAAGCUUCUCGGCUCGCACGAAAUCCUCUUGCUAGGGUCCGACAGGAUACUGAUUACGAUUACGACUCAGAGGCGGAGUGGGACGAGCCCGAGGAAGGAGAAGAUCUGGACUCCGAUGGAGAGGACGACAACGAAGACGAGGCGGAAGACGACAUGGACGGUUUUCUUGAUGACGAGGAAGACCCACAACUCAAACGACGACUUAUUAGUGGCGAUUUGGUUCCUGUCAGUACUGGCUUGUGCUGGGAGGACGCGGAUAGGGUAUCCAGGUUGAAUGACGGUUCUGAUGCCAUAUGCACCGACUUCAAGGAUUUCAGGAUGGGUUUCCUAUUGGAUCCACAAAUGAGCUCGAUCGACCCGUUCUCCACUGCAUACUGGGCGCCAGAUCCUGCGACAGUCUCAACUGCAGCCACCGUCGCGAAGAAAGACAGCCCUGCCAAUAACACUAUGAACCCGCCUCGAGCGCCUCUGGUACAACGGUCUAUGAACGGUUUGCUCAACACAUUAAAUGGCCCGCAAAAGUCAACCGCAGCGACUCCGACUAAGCCUGCGAAAGCCAAGCGACUGGUACCCACCGAGCAGCUGCCGGCUUUCAAAGCCGAAAUUGAGGGCAAGGAUUUGACUAAGAUUGGUAUGAUCGAAGCGCUAAAAAAGGCGUUCCCCAAGUUACCCAAGGAUGCUAUUAGCAAUACUUUGAGCAUAGUCGCCGCAAGGGUAGGCCCCACUGAGAAGGAGAAGAGAUGGGUGCUUGUCAACACCUGA